CUCCUCCUUCUUUCUCCCCUCCACUAAUUGAUUCCCUUUCCUCACAUCAACACACAUCAUGGACCGUUCCAACAAACCCUCCGCCAUCGGCGUCAGCGCCUUCCUCCCCCAGCCCACCAUCUCCCUCCGCGACAACACCGUCGAAGCCACCCUCCCCACCGGCGAAUCCGUCACCGUCCAUCUCUACGGAGCCACCGUCACCUCCUGGAAGCUCGCCAACGGCAAAGAACAGCUUUUCGUGAGCGAGAAGGCCAACCUGGAUGGUUCCAAACCAAUCCGGGGUGGCAUUCCCGUUGUAUUCCCGGUCUUCGGCCCUCCCCCCUCCAACCACGCGACCUCCUCCCUCCCACAACACGGCUUCGCCCGGAAUUCGAACUGGGAAUUCCUCGGCAAAUCGUCCUCCGAGGCCUUCCGGAAAGAAGGCGAUGAUGCUGUGAAGUUGGAUUUCGGGCUCUCGCAUCCAAUGCUGAGCGAGGAGUUCCAGAAGGCGUGGCCGUACCAGUUUGGCUUGGUGUAUAGUGUUACUUUGACAAAGGGCAGCUUGGCGACUUCUCUGCAGGUGCAGAACCAGGGGGAGCAGAACUUUGACUUCCAGGUGUUGAUGCAUACGUAUUUGAGUGUUGAGGAUAUCACCGAUAUCCGGGUCAAGAAUCUCCAGACGAAGGAGUACCUGGAUAAGACUCUCAACGGAGCAGCGGUUACGGAGACCUCGGAGGCAGUGGAGAUCAACAAGGAGACGGAUCGUGUGUACAAAGCGUUGGAUCCGAAGGUCCCCAUUGUGGUGUCGACGGCUUCGGAUGAUCAGCCCUUGUUCUCGAUUACGAGGGAGGCUUUGACGGAUGUGGUGGUGUGGAAUCCUUGGAUUGAAAAAGCCAAGGGUAUGGCGGACUUUGGUCCCGAUGAGGCGUACAAGAAUAUGAUCUGUGUUGAGGCUGGAUCGGUUGCUGGAUGGCAGACCCUGGAGGCGGGAGAUUCCUGGGAGGGUGGUCAGACUAUUCGGCCUCGGUUGUGAGGACUUUUUGAUGAUUCAUGCUGUGAUGAUUAGAUGGUAGGGGGUAGAAAUGGUAAAUAUGACGUGUAUUGUUAUAUUGUGUAUAUCACAAUGCUUUUAGAAGACCCAGGACCAUGCACGCUGAGACGGACUCGCAUGCUCCAUCUUGAAUCCAAGAGAGCAAUGCCUAUGCCCAGCCUGCCA